AGCAGACCCUUAGCAUGGGGCAAAAUGCUCGCCUGCACUCUGAUGCUGAUUUUCUCCUUUAUUGGCUGCUCCUGAGGCUGCAGCCGGAGGAACGGUCUCCUGUGGAACGGCAGCUUUAGACAAUUUUAUUGGCUGAUGAAUCUGAUCUUGCCUGGCCACCUUCCAGAAGCACUGACUUGCCCGAGAUGAGAGUGAGAGGAAGGCUGCUCUGCCUGGGGCUCUAAAGCAAUUGUUUUGAGACCAACGUAACACCCAUGCCUUGCUGCACGAAAACCCCCACAGCUCAUGCCAUGAAGGAGGAGAACUUUCUUCGUCGCAGGUUCUCCCUCUGUCCGGCCUCAUCCACCCCUCAGAAGGUCGAUCCUCGCAAGCUGACGCGCAAUCUGUUCUUUGGGGGCGACAAUGACAUCUACCCUCUCAGCCCAGGAAAAGACGUGGAAGGAAACAGCCCAUCGGCACUGAAGGAUGAGACACCACAGACUCCAAACUCCAUUAGCAAGGCAGGUUCCUCAAGGAAAAUCAGCCUCCCACUUAUCCUGGCAGUGGAGAAGCCCAAGGACCAGAUCGAAUAUAAGCUUUGCAAUGGGUCUGACAAAGAGUGUGUGUCUCCCACAGCCAAAUUCAUGAAGAAGGAAACAUUGAAGGUACAAAAAAAAAAUUACAGACAGGAGAAGAAAAGAGCUACCAAACAACUCUUCAGUGCUCUGAAGGAUCCCAGUGUGGUGAUCACAGCAGACUGGCUGAAGAUUCGUGGGACUCUGAAGAGCUGGACCAAACUCUGGUGUGUCCUGAAACCAGGAGUGCUGCUCAUUUAUAAGACGCCAAAGAUCGGACAGUGGGUUGGGACAAUCCUGCUCCAUUCUUGUGAGCUGAUCGAGAGACCCUCCAAAAAGGAUGGCUUCUGCUUUAAACUGUUCCAUCCUUUGGAUCAAUCCAUCUGGGCUGUAAAGGGACCAAAGGGAGAAAAUGUCGGUUCGAUCACUCAGCCUCUUCCCAGCAGCUACUUGAUUUUCAGAGCAGCCUCCGAAUCAGAUGGCCGAUGCUGGCUGGAUGCUUUGGAACUCGCCCUGCGUUGCUCCAGCCUCUUCCGGCUCGGUGCCUCCAAGCAGGGGAAGGAUGGAGAAGUGAACUGUUCGAGUGAUUCUGCACAUGCAGGGCUCAACCACCUCUUGCACAGCAGUGCUAUGUCAGACCAGGAGUUCUUCCAGUUGAAUGAAUCAACCCUGGAGAACAACCACCAUUUGGAAAAUGAUGCUUUUUCGGACAAGUCAGAGAGAGACAACGUAGAGGAGUCCGAGAAUGAAGCCCAUGAGAACAGCCGGAAGACAAAUGAAAGCGAGAGUGAUCAGUCAGAAAUACAGGGAGAGGUCUCUCCAGGAAGGAAGGGCACCACUUAUAUUGAACAAGUGUACGAAGAAUUUGGAGAGACAGGAGAGUCAUCUCAGACAGAAACCGUCUCUGAGGAGAACAAGAGCCUGAUGUGGAUCCUGCUGAAGCAGCUGCGGCCUGGCAUGGACCUGUCUCGGGUGGUGCUGCCCACCUUCAUCCUGGAGCCACGCUCGUUCCUCAACAAACUCUCCGACUACUACUACCAUGCCGACCUGCUCUCCCAAGCUGUCCUUGAAGAUGAUCCCUACACCCGAAUGAAGCAAGUUUUGAGGUGGUAUCUGUCCGGCUUCUAUAAGAAGCCAAAGGGAAUAAAAAAGCCAUACAACCCUAUUCUGGGAGAGACAUUCCGCUGCUGUUGGUUUCACCCUCAGACGAACAGUCACACAUUUUACAUAGCAGAACAGGUGUCCCAUCACCCACCAGUGUCAGCUUUUCAUGUCAGCAAUAGGAAGGAUGGAUUCUGCAUUUCUGGCAGCAUUCUAGCUAGGUCCAAGUUUUAUGGCAACUCACUUUCUGCACUGUUGGAUGGGAAAGCAAAGCUUAUGUUUCUAAGCAGAGGAGAAGACUAUAUUAUCACUAUGCCAUAUGCCCAUUGUAAAGGACUUUUAUAUGGUACCAUGACAAUGGAGCUUGGAGGGAAAGUUACCAUUGACUGUGAGAAAACUAACCACAGGGCAGAACUGGAAUUCAAGCUAAAGCCCUUCUUCGGUGGCAGCACGAGCAUUAAUCAAAUCUCGGGGAAGAUUAAAUGUGGAGAAGAAGUGCUAGCGAGUCUCACUGGACACUGGGAUGGAGAAGUGCUUAUAAAUGAGCUGAAAAAUGGGAACACAGAAACUUUCUGGAACCCGACCAGCGAAGUGCGAAGGCAGAGACUGAAGCGCCACAUUGUGCUCUUUGAGGAGCAGACAGACUUUGAGUCAGAAAGGCUUUGGCAGCACGUUACCAGUGCAAUAAACAAAGGUGAUCAACACAAGGCCACGCAGGAAAAAUUUGUGCUGGAAGAGGAGCAGAGGAAUGCAGCCCGGGGUCGGAGGGAAAGCGGCACGGAAUGGAAACCGCUGCUGUUCCGGCACGAUGCCGGGACCAACGAAUGGCACUACAAAUACGAGGAUCUAAGACCAUGGGAUCCUUUGAACGACAUUGCCCAAUUUGAGAAGGAUGGAAUACUUCAGACAAUGGAAAGACAUUUAUCCACAAGGAUGUCAAACCACAAAGCAACAUGUAUAAACAAUCAAAUUACACGGCACAAGAGGUCUGCCAAAGACUGCAGGCGCCGCAAAACCAGUGAUCAGCCCUCCAACCACAGCCAGAACACAGAGAGCAGCUGCUCAACGCCAGAGUCAGUGCAGGAGCUCUCAGAUGAUGAUGGGUUUGAAAGCCUGUGCACUCAGUGUGGGAAAGAAAUGAAUCACCUGAAAGAAAUUCACUCAGCUGUCUUAUCGCUACAGAAAGCCCAACAGGACAUACACAGAAACCUCAGUGCUCUGAACAAGAAGUCCUUCCACAGGAAGGCCUCUUCUGAAAGCUUCCUCCUGGACUCUCGCUGUUGGUUUCUCCUCUGCAUCUUUCUUACGUGUCAACUCUUCAUUAAUUAUGUUUUCAAAUAAAGUCACUACGUUUGGCAGCAAUAAUGAGCACUGGCUGCAGGAGGGGCCACUUGCGCAAGGAGCCCAGCGAGGCACCAAAGCACUUUAGAACCAACACGGCAGAGGUGGAAGGACAUGGAAAAACGAGGUUAAAAAGGGACCUAGGAACCUGCAAAACUUUGUUCCUGCAGAUUAUGUCAUUUUUGCCUUUUACAUGUACAUCUUCAAGGACCUCUUAACCUGUAUGGGCCUUAAUGCUGAAGCCAAAUGUAGCUUUAAUUGUGCAAUUUGUUUUCUAUGUUUUGUCAUUUUCUGAUGCAAUUAAUGAUUACCCAGCAGUAUUGGUAACCCCAAAAUGGUAAUGACCUCAACAUUUUGGAAAAGUCACGGCAGCCUGGGUCAUAGCUCCAGGAGUGAGGGAGAGCAGUAAAGAACUGAUGUCCAUGGUGCCUGUUCGGCUGCCUUUAGUUACAGGAGGGAGAACACUUGGUCCAAAAAAUGCAGCCCUGAGAUAUUAAGUCAUGAUCUGUUUAGUUCAGCCCAAUGGGACCUCAGGAUGUGUUUUAUUUUUCCAUUCCACGGAAACUGUAAAUAUACACAAUUUCCUAGAGACACUUUUCUUUAGGAAAUGGGAAGUGCUCAGUGAAAGCUCCUUGUCUGGUUGAGGAGCUGACUGCUGUCCUGAGUGUGGCCCAUCGAGUGUGAUGUCAGACACACGCACGCCUGUUUGCAAAACCUGGGCACUUCCUGUUCUUGUUAUUAUUUGCUAUAUGGCUGUUUUAUAAUAUCACACACUAGCGUUGUAGAGAGAAAUCCACUGCCCCAGCAUAGGUGAGAAGGAUGGGAGCGAUGUAGGUGUACGUGUGGUCAGUCUUAGGCACAUUUAUUGUCAAAGGUCAGGAAAGAGGGAGGGUUUUGCCACUGCAUUGUUCAAUCCUGUUAAUAGUCUUCCUAUUUUACACCAUUUUUUAAAGAUUUGCAAUAUUUUCUUUAGACUGCAGACAGUACUAAGCCUUUCUUUUCUGGCCUGAAGUAGUUCCAAGUGGUAAGUACUGCUAUAUAUACAGCCUUAAAAUACUUAGUGGUGGUGCCAGUCUGGGCUAUCUUUCAAUGUAAAUGUUUCCAAAUUUUUAAGUACAUUCCUCGUCAUAUUCCCCAGUUAGGGGAAACCUGUUUGUGCUUGAUAUGUUGAAAUAAAAACUACACACAACUUUCA